UUAUUUGGUUACAUUGUGUCUGCCUCGCCUUCUCGCUAACGCCGCGUCCUAUCGAGUGGCGUUAACAGGGGAACCCUCGUUGCUACCCCUUCCUCCUUUGUCUUUUGCUGCCUUUUUGUCAUUCCGGAUUCCCCCCCCCCCCCCGUGUUUGUUGACGCUGGGAAGGCAUGGCUGUGCAGUAUCACCAUCUGCAGUUGGGAUUAAUCGGUUUGUGAAAGGAAGGGACCUGGGUUCUGUGCCCUGUGUUCCUUUUCACACACCCCCCCCCCACACCCCCAGGGUGAAAAUCUGACCCCACCCCCCUCCCCAUUUAACACAUCCAGAAGUUUGUGAGUGGUGGUGGUGGGGGGGUGGGAGAAAAGAAAAGAGGGUAUUUUCCGAGUGGGAGUCAGUUUCACCCCCACCCACCCCUUCCUUCCAGUGUGUGUGUGCCGCAGGAACUCCCUCCUUUCCCUCCCCAGGUCCUCCUAUUGAAUGGGAGCUGCUGGCUUUGCGGAAACUCUUGUCAUUUUGUAAAACCCACUUGGCAAACGGGGUCACAGCGCCCUCCCUCCCUCCCCACUGUAGUGUUUUAUAUUCAUUCAAUGUGCAAAGAUGGAGCCGGCGAUGGAUAAGGAAUGCGGAGCUCUCGGUGGCCUCUUCCAAGCUGUCAUUAAUGACAUGAAGGGCUCCUAUCCAAUCUGGGAGGACUUCAAUGCCAAGGCUGCUAAGCUUCAUUCUCAGCUCAGGACAACUGUGCUUGCAGCAGCCGCCUUCCUGGAUGCCUUUCAGAAAGUGGCGGACAUGGCGACAAACACACGAGGGGCCACCAGGGAUAUCGGCUCAGCUCUGACUCGAAUGUGCAUGAGGCAUCGCAGCAUCGAAGCCAAGCUCCGACAUUUCACCAAUGCCCUGAUGGAGAGUCUGAUAAACCCUUUGCAGGAUAGGAUAGAGGACUGGAAGAAAUCUGCCAAUCAGCUGGAUAAGGACCAUGCCAAAGAGUACAAGCGAGCGAGGCAUGAGAUCAAAAAGAAAUCAUCUGACACCCUCAAACUUCAGAAGAAAGCUCGGAAAGGUAAAGGUGACCUGAGGCCACAGGUGGAGAAUGCAGUCCAAGAUGUGAAUGACAUGUACCUGUUACUGGAGGAGACCGAGAAGCAGGCUGUGCGGAAAGCCCUGAUUGAGGAGAGAGGCCGAUUCUGCACUUUCAUCACCUUCUUACAGCCUGUUGUGGAUGGAGAGAUUGCAAUGCUGGGGGAAAUCACACACCUGCAGGCAAUUGUUGAUGACCUUAUUGUUCAAACUGCAGAACCUCACAAGCUGCCUCCAGCCAGUGAGCAGGUGAUUAAGGAUCUAAAGGGGUCUGACUACAGCUGGUCCUAUCAGACUCCUCCAUCUUCACCCAGCAGCUCCAGUUCCCGAAAAUCCAGCAUGUGCAGCAGUGUAAACAGUACAAACAGUAGUACAUCUCGCUCCAGUGGUUCCCAAACUCACUCACCAAGUUCAAACUAUCGCUACCGCAGCUUGGCCCAUCCUGCAAGUGCCAGUACCCGCCUUUCCAGUGUCUCCUCGCACGACUCUGGCUUCAUAUCCCAGGAUGCCAUGUACUCCAAACCGCCGUCACCUAUGCCAUCGGAUAUUACCAGCCAGAAGUCAUCAAGCUCCGCUUCCUCUGAGGCAUCGGAGACGUGUCAGUCAGUUAGCGAGUGUAGCUCACCUACCUCGGUUAGUUCUAGCUCCACAGCAGGAGCCUGGUCAGGUGGUGAAAAGUUCAUGCCUGGGUAUGUGUAUUACCAUCUUCCUAGUGAGUGCUGUUCACCUGCGUUCUCUGGCUCUACUCCCAUUAUCUCUGAUAUAAAGGCCUGCAGUAGGCCUAACCCUGCUGUGCUCCCUGAAUCCCCUCCCUUUAACCACUCCCUCGGACCUGGCACUGCUCUCUCAUCAACGAUUCCUAGUUGGAAGGACUGGUCAAAACCUGGUCCAUAUGACCAGCCAAUGGUGAACACUUUGCAGAGACGCAAGGAAGCAGUGGAACGCUAUCGGGAAGCAGAGACGGUCUCAGGCACAGUGGUCUAUGCGGGAAUUGGUGUGGAUGAGAUACAGAGGCCCCGCAUGACAGCAGCAUCACUUGCUGCUAAGCACGGGGAGGAAAUCUCCACAGCAGCCAAUGAUCUAGCCAUGGUACUGACUCGUGGGCUCAGCCUGGAACACCAGAAAAGUAGCCGCGACUCUCUGCAGUACUCCAGCGGUUACAGCACCCAAACCACAACUCCGUCCUGCUCUGAAGACACUAUUCCUUCCCAAGUUUCAGACUACGAUUGCUACUCGGUGAACGGCGACGUGGAGGCGGAACACCAGAGCGAGUUCGACCGGUCGUCGACCAUCCCUCGGAACAGCGACAUUGCGCAGAGCUACCGCAGAAUGUUCCAGACCAAACGGCCGGCCUCCACAGCCGGCCUGCCGUCGGGCGGCAGCACGCAGAACGUUUCCGUCACCCCGGGCGUCGCCACCAUUCGGCGCACGCCGUCCACCAAGCCGUCGGUGCGGCGGGCCCUGUCGAACGCGGGCCCCAUUCCCAUCCGGCCUCCCAUCGUGCCGGUGAAGACACCCACCGUGCCCGACGGCCCGGCGAGGGUCGGCAGCGAGGAGUGCGUGUUCUUCGGCGGCGAAGACACGUCGCCGAACGCCUCGGAGUACGCCAGGUCGUCGCCCAAACGGCUGAGCCUGCCGAACGCGGUGUGGGGUGGCGGUGGCAGCGGCGCAGGCGCAGUGGAGGUCUCCGUGUACCCGGCGGGCGCCACGCUCUCGAGCGAGGAGGAGCAGCAGUUGGCCGCCAACCGCCACAGCCUGGUCGAGAAGAUCGGCGAGCUCGUGGCCAGCGCCCAGGCUCUGGGCGACGGACAGUUCCCCUUCCCCGCGGUGCCCGACAGCGGCGGCGGCCUCCCACCGCGCUCUCCCGACGACGCCCCCGAGGACAUGCUCACCGCCAUCCGCCGAGGGGUGAAGCUCCGGAGGACCGUCACCAACGAUAGGUCGGCGCCCAGGAUUUUGUGACAGCGAGGGCCCGACUCUUGAGAGCAUUGACUGACUCAACCAGGUUGGUUUCCAACGCAGUGCCAUGAACUACCUUUUAAACCAAGCAACUGUGGUGUGGUGGAGUGAAACAUUUUAAAUUAAGAUACGGCAGAUUUUAAAAUGAGUGUACUAUUGUUAGUUCUAAAGAGGAAUUUAACGUUUCGUUCCUUACAGAUGUUCUACCGGCCAUUUAACGGACUCACCUGUUUCGUGGCAUUUUAUUUUGCCUGCCCUCCCCCAGCUUUUUGCCGUAUUUGGUGCAAAAACAAAAAAAAAAUAACGUGCUGUGUGUUAGCUUCACUGAGGUGGUUUGCACUUGACCUCGGUGUGUGUCAGUCCUCAAUGUGUGUCUCUGGCCUCCUCCCCGCCCCCCCCCCCCCCCAGCCAGGUCCUGUCUCAGCCACAGUGACAAGAGAGAAAAAAAAGAUCAGGCUCCCCAGAGCAGUGAUAGAGGUUUAGAAGGGUAUUUAGAAGAAAUUUAGCCGAGACGAGGGCAAGUCAGAAGGGAUUCUUGGUGCAUCUUGCUCCUGCUGUGUAGGUGAGUGUUACUUGCUCAAGUCAGGUUGUAGGAAGGGAGUUUUGAAUUCGAAACUAAAUAUUGGUGGUUAUUGCUUCUCCCCUAAGUAACAUUUAUUUUAAGUUGAGAAGAAAACUCAUGUAAAAAAUGAGGUCUGCAGAUGCUGGAGAUCACAGCUGAAAAUGUGU